AUGUUGUCGGCUUGUGAUGGUAAGCCCAAGAUCCUCAGUGCAGACGUCAAUGAACGAGACAUUUCGGAGUUUCUCUACAUUGUCUGCCAGGCGUACUCCGCCUACAAAGACCCCGAGGACAUGUGCACUGCGAUCAAGCAGCGAUUGGACGAGCAGUUCGGAAAACCCUGGCAUGUUGUCGUCGGGCAACCCUUUGGCGGGUAACUCUUUUCCUGUUCCUAGUAACACCUUAGUGCCUUCAUUGAGUAUAUGAAUGAUGUUAGGAGCGCCCCCUAACACUGUAUAUUCCCGAUCGAAAACCGACAGGGCAACGGGCUCGUGGCCCGGUGAGUAGAGGCGUUGACUUCUAAACCAACAGGUGGCGAGUUCGAGGCUCGGGUGUUCCACACUUCGGGCAUGGGUAUGGCUGGCUGACGACGGCUAAUAAGCCAGAAAUGGCCAUUCCAGUCUCCCUUGUCUUUGUCGGUAAUAUCAUUCUGCCUAAAGAAACUAUUUGAGCCGAGGCACAGCUGGACAUUUUUGGUGUGAGUUUUCUACCGAUACACGAAACAUACAUGUGACUAACUUUUAUCCCGUCUACCUGCACGAAUCAAUACUCCUACCCACUUUUUAAUGGGGCAUUGGUAUGUUGGACCGACCGAUGCACUAUGGGGGAAAUGAGUAGGAUGACCCAAUAAGACCCCCUGUAGUGUUACCAGGGCCGAUCUGCUGGUGGUAGACGACCUUUCGUCGAAGAAUCUAAGCAAGGUAGAUGUCAUUCUUGCUGCCAUUGCGGGAGCCUGCGGGUUGGAAGGUCCACUUGUGUUUUCUUUCCCGUCGGUAGAGUAUCAUGACGAGGCCAGUACUGCUUUUUUCAUAUAUUUCUUAUAAGCGCUUGAUGUGAAAGGGGUUUGGUCGGACACGGCAUUAUUAGCUUCCCCUACUGCAUGCGGUCUUGCGCUCAAUUCCAAGAUUUUCCUAUUCUCGUGUCCGCUAACCCCUCUUGGAGUUUAGGUCAGAACACCUGUAAUGCGGAGAGGUCCCGUACCCAUCCUGGAGUUUUACUCAAUGGCAGUAAAUUCCUCAAUUUUCCGCUUGAAAGUGUACUGUUGAUAUACAGUGGAUGUUCUACCUCAUGAGAUGUUAACCGAAAUCCCAAAAUUUAUUUUCGAUUCAAAAAGAUUACUUGAGUAGGCUUGUAAUAUUAAUUAUCUUUCAGCAUAAUCGUAAGGUAGUUUAGUUACGCCAGGAUGUCGGCAUGUCAAUUCUACAAAUUCUGCAUUCUGUACAAUUGACUACUCAAAUGAAAUGAAUUUUCAUCCGUUAUUUUCGAUGCUCUUAUAAAUUCAAAUACAUUAUAUAGAAAACAUGCAUAUAGGUAUUCCCUCUUUGUCUCAUCCGGUAGCAAAUUACGUCUUCAACUUUUUUUUACUGAGAGAGUAUAUUUAGACUUUAAAAAUGUAUAAUUGUGAAUGUAGAAUUCUUGGUAAAUUGAGUCGCACGUAUAAGCAAAAACAGAUUUCGGUGUAUAUACGGCACUAUUGAUAGAAUAAGGUAAUGAUAAAAAAAAACGUACAAACCUCAACAAUGAAUACCCUAGACAAAGAAUUCGUUUGUUACUAUUCGAGCAAGUCGAAUUUUCAGCUCAAGGUCAGAAUACAAAAACUAGUUAAUUAAAAGAACGCCGAUCGCGCUCGGAAGAGGGUUACAAAAAGGGGGAAGGGGAAUGUCAGCAGGGGUCAGAUGUGGAAGCACUUGCGAGGAGGACGUCGAGAAUUCCAAGCGUUGACUAACUAGAUACAACAAUGAGAUUUUUUAAGAUCAUGAGAUGUCCGUCCAUAUGGCAUCGACCAGCACGUCCAUUAAUGCUACUUUUAACGUAUACAACCUGAUCUAUAUCCAUUACACAGUCUACGAACCGCAUGACAUCUUCCUAACGGUGUAUAAGCGUGUGAUAUUCCUUUGACAGAAUGUGUACAACAUGUAAUUUGGAAACCCCGAACUCAGGUGUAACGGCAGACGGAGUGUAAAAUUACUCGGUAAUCGAAGAACUUUUUGCAAGCCGGAAAUUUAAAGACGUAAUUUACUCCAAAUGAGACAAAGGAUGAAUGUUUAUGUGCAUGCUUUCUACCUAAUAUAUUUGAAUCUAUAAGGGCAUCUAAAAUGACUACCUAAGUAAUCAUUUUCAGGGUGUAGAUUUUGCACGCGGCUGAAAGGAAGGUAGUUCAGCACAUUUGAAACUGUUGCUCGAUAAUUCAUAGCACAGCCCGACUUAAGUAAUUUUUUUUCGAACCGAAAGCAUAUCCCAGAAUUUCGGUCAAAACUUCAUCAGAUAGCACAUCCACUAUAUGUGUGUGGAACAGGUUUUCGCCUUCACCACUACACGGUGAUACACCAGCAUUUCAAUAAAGGCACUUUCAGACAGCUUUGCGGAAUGCGCCAUUCCUGCUGUUUUUGAUUUUUGUGGAACUAUCUGAUUUAUUUAGUCGCAUACAUCGUCUGAGAAACAUUUUUCUAGAGCACUGUGCGCGCAGUAAAUUCUUGGUUUACACAUCCAAAGGUGGAUAACAUGCUUUGAUUACCUUUGGAAGGCUACACGAAUGUCCUUUUCGGGCUUAUUCGUUAUUGCCAGCCAUCGGUGCUCUCAAGUCCGGACCAUUAAGACCCGAGAUCUUAACCUCAUGCUCAGCCAUUCCCACCACGGGGUCACGCUCUCUUACCUGUGGUGAAGAAUUUUCCAACUGACUUAGACGCUUAUGCAUCCUACCGGAAGGCCAUCGUCCCCUUCCCCCUGGAGCCCCGAUCCCGGAGGUGGCACUCGAAUUUGAGUGGCGGUGAGCAAAUAAUAGCCCAAAAAGUGUCGUCGACAAAACUCAGGGUGGUUACAAUGGCUGUUGCUGUCUUGUUGCGUAAUCAGCCAGACAGGCCGCAACCACAUGUUGGAACUCUGGACCGCGGUUGCAUUUGAACAUUACAGCUAAAUUAUGAACUCUUCUUAACUGGGGUGGGGUGGUUUAAUUUUGUCAAACCCGACAGCCUGUGACAGUCAAACGCAUCCAGAGCCCAGAAAGUGCAGUUGCCUCACGUGAAAUUUUCGGGUGUUAAAAACAUUAUCGGAAGAAAGCUGCCGUUGUAGCUAGCACAUCUUUCGACAGCUGGAAUGUAGAUCCUUAGGUUUAUUACUAAAUUAUAAUUUUUUGCAAGACAGCUAUCUACCAGAAUUUUUUAAAUCAUGGGACGUAAUAGACCCUAAGUGGCAUGAAGGUCGUAUGGAAGGGACUUGUCACGUUCUGUUGCGAUUUUUAUUUGAAGCCCCAAGUUGAGUGCCACUAAAAUCGGGCGAAUAUUUGCGUAAUGUUCCCGCCUGCACACCUAGAAGCUUGUAAUGGGCUUCGUUCAUAAAAAAAUAGUUUCACAUUGCUUGCAGCACCUUUAUUACUCAGACGCACAUCUUUCGCCGGUUUUUUGUGACUGCAUGCUGCAAUCGCAAGUCGUCCCGUUACGCAGACAUGGCCUUGUUUCGACAGACGCUAUAAUAGAGAGGUCCUGUGGUUGUGAGAGCCCGGGUCCCAACGAGACGCAUCACUCUCAAUUGGACAUCUCUACAGCUUCGUAAUCAAAUGCUUGCAUCAGGACACACACAGAUACUGACGACAAUCAAAAGCCAGGCCCCGGAAAUCCUUCUGUUUCUUGUUCCACAUUAAGGCCGUUUCUAUGCGCACGGCAAUGUCCCUCAGCGGGGGUUUCUGGGAAGCGGUUUGGGGAUGACUAUCCAUCGCUUACUCAUGCUACUCAACGGGUUGACUACCACUUUAGGCCUGUGGUCCUGAGCAGACCCGAACAUACUCAUCCAUGUGGCUUUGACUGUGUACAAGUACCCAGGGAGCCGAUUGUAGAAUGGCGGGGGGGGACGGUAUAAUGGAAGCGUGGCAAUCCGACGUGAAAAAUUUGACACUGGCCGUUUUUUCCACUUUUCUUAAAAACACUGAUAAUUCCUAUGCUGCAAACGAAAAAAAACUUGCUCUCCUGAUUGCAUUAUAGCUGUUCCUGCUAUCUUUACGCAUUUCUACGCCACGUCCCACGAUUACGAAUGCAAAAAAUGGAUCAUAUAAAUACUGACAUAUUGCACAAACUCUGCAUGUUUUGCCUGUUCCGUUUCUAAUUUAUGCACAAGCAGAUACCGUACAGCGCAAAACGUGUUGAAAAUUUAAAAUGGUCAUUCAAUUGUGAUAAUUUUGACAGUCACUCAUAAUGCAUUCGCGAAGGGCGCGACAGUAUCGGCACGUUAACACAAAGGAUUGUAAGUAGGCGUUAUUACUACACAUCAGGGCCAGGAAUGGCACAGGUUUGCAAAUCUGGCUGUUCUAAAAAUAACCUGCGUUAGUCUCACAAAGAAUCAAUUUUCAUCUGCGACAAAUCCUGUUUGGUAAAACUCUCCAAGCAAAAUUUGUCUCCUCUUAAAUAGAAACAUAUUCAGACGCGCAAACUAAGUCUAGUACUUAGGAAAUUGCCCGAGUAUUGGGUGACGUAGAUUCCCCCUAAAACUCUUGUGAAUUUUGCGUGAUCAAACUACUUAGACGCAUAGGCCAUACGAAAAACAAUUUGCGAAAAAUGCUGAGUGCAUAAGCAAAAUGUACGUCAUUUUAGGCGCCUGAAAGUGUCAUAUCAGUUAACACCAUCACGAAAAACACAUCGAAGAUUGGAAUGGCCAUUUCUGGCUUAUUGGUCGUCGUCAACCAGUCAUACCCAACCCCGAAGUGUGAAACACCCGAGGCUUGAUCCCACAAACUGUUGGUUAGACGUCCAACGCCCCGAACCACUGAGCCACGGGCUCGUUGUCCUGUCGGCUGUGAUCGAGUAUGUUAACAAUCGUAGGGGAGCGCUGAUCAAUUGCGUUAUGGAACUCAAUCGUCCCGUUGUGCCUUGCGGCUCUCUCUCGAGCUCCGUCAGUAGCCGCACAGCAGCUCGUAAUAUAGACAUUACCACAUUGCUUCCAUUUGCAUUAUGUUUGCCUACUUUUAGGCUCCGUUCUCAGUUUACGAAUGCACAAAAUAAUGACCUUAUAAAUACUGACAUAUUGCAAAAAUAGUGAAUGUUUUGCUUGUUACGUUUCCAAAUGACGUAUAAGUAAAAACCGUACAGCGCAGAGAGCGUCUUUCCGUAUGUUCAAAAUUAAAAUUACCAUUCUAUGAUGGUUAUUUUCACGAUCACUCAUAACGUAUUUGCAAAUGGCGAGACAAUAUCGGCAGAAAUUUUUACUGCACUCCAGAGCACAGAUUUGCAAAUCCGAUUUCUAAAAAUCGACAAAACCUCUGGUUUCCCAAAAAUAACCUGUUUAUUCGCAAUCUGGUCUUUAGGGUUAUUCUCCUAAACAAGCUGUUUGGUAAGAUAGUCGAAGCUAAAUUACUCUUCUCUCGAUGAAAAAUACUCCAGGGUGCUCGAACAAAGUCUGGGGACAGCUAUUAAUGUAGGAUUUUGCCCGAAUAUAGGGUAACGUAGAUUUCCGCCCAGGUCUAUAAUCAGUUUGACUGUCAAAAUUACUCAUACGCAUAUUAUACACGAGAAAAGGACAUUUCUGGAAGAGACUGGAAGAAUAAACAAAGUGCACAGCGUUUUCGGCGAUGGAAAAUUUUAUUAGUCCCCGUCAUCGUGUUUACACAAUAGGAUGUUUGUUUUUCAUCUAGUUCUCCAUCUCUCUCUCUCUCCUCUUUAGGCAUUUCGACCACGAUCCAGGCUGUUACGCCUACAUCCAGUACAGGGAGCUUUCCUUCCUCAUGUUCCGAUUUGGCUAG